AUGAAGGUUAAGAUCGAGAGCUCCAAGAUCGUCAAGCCGCUGUACGAGGACGGCGAGGCGCCGGCGCGUGCGCAGUGGGUGCCGCUUUCCGUGUUCGACAAGGUGACGUACGGGGAGCACGUCGCCAUCAUCUUCGCGUUCCGGCCGCCGAACCCGCCCAACAGCGAGGUCGAGCUGGGCCUGGCCAAGGCGCUCGCCGUGUACCAGGAGUGGGCCGGGCAGAUCGGCGACGGUCCCGACGGGCGCCGGUCGGUGCUGCUGAACGACGCCGGGGCGCGCUUUGUGGAGGCCAAGGUGGACGCGCCCAUGGCGGUGUCCGUGCCGUCCGGGCCGUCGCCUGAGGUGAGGCGGCUGCACCCGAGGAUCGACGACGGCCCUGUGGAGCUGGUGCAGGUGCAGCUGACUCGCUUCUCCUGUGGGUCGCUGGCCGUGGGCUUCGCGGGGCACCACCAGAUCGCCGACGGGCAGGCCACGGCCAACUUCCUGGCGGCGUGGGGCCUCGCUACGCGGCAGCUCCCGGUGUCGCCGCUCCCGGUCUGCGACCGCGGCACCCGGUUCGCGCCGCGCGAGCCGCCGCUCGUGGAGUUCCCGCACCGGGAGGUGGAGUACAGGGCGCCGGCACCAAACACGAUGGACGAGAAGGAGGAGAUCGGCUUUGGCGCGGCGGGGCACGACAAGGUGAAGGUGCACAUGAUGCACCUGAGCAAGGAUUUCGUGGCGCGGCUCAAGGCGCGGGCCUCGUCGGGGCUCCCGCCGUCGAGGCGCGGCUACACGACGUUCCAGAGCGUGGUGGCGCACCUCUGGCGCGCGAUCACCGCGGCGCGCGGCCUGGGCGCCGACGUGACGACCAAGGUCCGCAUCUCCGUGAACGGCCGGAUGCGCAUGCGCCCGCCCAUGCCGCGCGACUACUUCGGCAACGUGGUCCUGUGGGCGUUCCCGCGCACGGACGCCGGCGACCUCGUGUCCCGGCCGGUGGGCCACGCGGCGGAGCUCGUCUACCGCGCCGUGGCGGACGUGGACGACGCCUACUUCCGGUCCUUCGUGGACCUUGCCUCCUCCGGCGUCGUGGAGGCUGAGGGGCUGGUCUCGACGGCGGACAGCGAGCAGGCGGUGCUGUGCCCGGACCUGGAGGUGGACGCGUGGCUGGGGAUCAACUUCCACGGCCUGAAUUUCGGCGGCGGCGGGCCCUUCCGCGUCAUGCCGACGUACUACCCCAUGGAGGGCAGCCUGUUCCUGGUGCCGUCCACCCUGGGCGACGGCAGCAUGGAGGCCUACGUGGCCCUCUUCGACGACCACCUUGCGGAGUUCAAGAGGAUAUGCCACAAGAUCGAUUAG